AUGCAGUCUCCUGCGAUGCAGCUGCAGCCCACCCCUCCUUCAGGUAGUCCCAGCGAAUCCGACUGUUUUUUCAUUCAGCCGCAGACGGCGCCUUCGCCCCCCACCAUCUUCGAUCUGCCAUUCCUCGACGGCGACUUCGACUUCCAAGCCCUUCUACCGCCCAUUCCUCAGCAGUCGCCCGAUGACACACGAAUGCACGAGGUGCCUUCUCCGCCCACCGACAGCCGCCAGGAAUGCCUCCAGAAGCUCGGAGACCUGCACUCGGCGCUGCUGGCCGACCUCAACACGGUGCGCGCCUCUAGAGUAGCAACUGAAUCCUCCAUCGCCACGCUUCGCGCCGACGCCGCUGUGCACGAAAACUGCGGAUGCAGCGUUCCCAUCGGUCGAAUGUUCACCACGUCCGCCCAACUCCUCGAGAUCCUGCAUUACUUUUCCGCCGCCCCACAGUCCUCGUCUUCAUCUCCUCCCACCUCGAACCCAACCUUAAUCUCGAACUCCUCAGCUACUCCCUCAGACGUGGGGCUGCUGCGCCCCGAAAUCCCCACCACCCUCUCCAUCCUCGCCUGCUACGCCGCCCUCCGCCGCAUCUACCGCACCAUCUUCGCCUGCAUCGACGCCUCGCUUCAAAACUUUCCCCCCCCUCUUCGCUCAUCCGCCCUGCCGCCGCUGUUUCCCGGCCUUGCUCUUGGCGGCUUCCAGCUUGGCGGAAACGUCGGCCUGCAGAUUGUCAUUGUCGCCCAGUUGAGCCAGAGCAUGUUGGCCAAGAUUGAUGCCGCCCUGGGACUUGGCCCUGGCGGUGGUGGCCUUGUUGAGAGGCAACCUGGGGCGGCGGACAUGUUCAAGGCGAUGAUCAAGGAGGAGGAGGCCGAGGGACCAGAGAACGAAAUUUCGGGCGGCUGUAGGCCGCUAGAAGAUAUUAUCGGGAAUGUAAAGCGCUUGUGCUAA